UUCACGGCGGACUGCGCGUUUCGGGAACGUCAAUCCACCGUUCCACAUCGCGAACGCACUUCGCGCUUGCGCUGCCACAGAGCGGGAAGGCUGGGCGGAAGUUUGUGGAGGUGCACUCGACCGAACUCGCCGCCUGGAGAGCAACUGCACAGGUGGUGCCGUUGAAACACGGUCGUUGUCGAGCGUCGGGGCAGCGGUUACGUUUUUUUUUCACAUCGUCCUGCUGGGUACUACCAGUCGCGGAUUGCUUUCAACCUCCCGUCGUGCAGCGGAGUGCGUGUGUGCGCGAGCGCGCGAUUGAAGCCUUGUGGUCAGCGCACGUUUUUCAGAAGAAAAAGAAAGAAUCAUCAUCGAACACUUGUGUUCCCGAGCUUCCUGCUUUGUGCGAUUACCCGGAUUCGCGGCAGUGUCAAGGAGGAGUACAGCAGACAUUGUGGGGCAGCCGAGUAUCCUUCUCUGAAGAUACGACAACGCGAGAAGCGGAGGAUGGAUUUAAAACUCGUCUGGUUCUUCUGCUCCCUGUGGACCUUCGCCCGGUCCAGCUGCAAGACUGAGCAGGCCAUCCAGGACACCAAGACGUGCGGCAGCAGCUUCAAAAGCCAGCUGGCGCAGCGGUCGUUCAACCGGUCCAAUCCGGAAGACUUGCACCAGGCGUGCUGUUCCAUGGACCAGCUGGAGCGAUGCCUGCACCAGGCGAGCGCCGAGGCCGGCUGCAAAGAAGAGGUGUCCGUGCUGGUACACACUCUCACGCAGACGGCCAGGGAUCUCCUGGGAGACGUCUACAAUACACACUGCCAGUCUGACUGCAACGGGACCACCAGGACCGUUUCGGCGUCAUGGAUUAAUGCCCUCUUCUUAGCCGGCUGUUCUCUGCUCUUGCUUCGCAAAGGCGUGGUCGCGACAUCCUGAUUAUGUCUGAUCUCGUCGCAGGAGCGAGGGCAGCUCGAAACCAAAGUCUAGCAGGUGAUUGUGCGGUGGACGUCGCGGCUAGAUUUUACAAAAAAAAAAAGCCGGAAGAAUUGAUGACAGCCUAUUGAAAGUUUCGGCAUAGCUAGCUGUGGUGUUAAAGGAAAAGCUAUGAACAAAGAGAUCCAGGAAACCAUUCGACGCACGUCAUCUGCAAAAGGCGAUGGCACGCGAUACGGCCAUCAACUCGGUAGAUGCUGUGAUUUCCAUCACGAAGCCGAAGAUUUGUACGUCGAUAAGAACAAAACACGAAAUCACCCCUGGCUGUGUACGCGUCGGUCACACGUCAUAUCAAUUGCAGAUUUGAAAAAAAAAAAGAAACGGAAACAUCAUAUAUAUGUGCGGUAUCACGCGCGUUAUAUUGCUCUGGAAUAUUCCCCUCCACCCGAUGUAUUGUAAAUGUGUACCUUAUCGCAAGAUAUUCCCAGUUUCUAAAGGUUCUGGAACUGUCAUUUCAACGGCCUUUAGGUCUUUAGCUGCGUCUUACCGUCCAGACGACCCGCAGAAAUGAAGUGUGGCACAAGUGCAAUCACGUCGUCCAUACAUGCGUCAGAACACUGCCUUCCGUUUAUCGCAACUAGAAAUGGCUCGGACUUCAACCGCACAGAUAUAACUCUGCCUUGGGGCCCUUGCCCUAACACUGGCAUGUUCGUGCAAUGCAUUAUAUUUUCAUCCCUGACGGUUCAGCAAUGUGCAUCGAUCGACGGUGUUUGCUUCAUACAUACCACGUUCUAAUCUGUGCUUGAAGAGAACGUAGUGCAUCUUUUCUGGUGACGUUACCUAGCUCCUUAAAAGCCUUCUCCUGCAUUCACGCAACAAGAUGUUCCUUGGUACAUCGCCAUAAAGACACGAUUCAACGGCAUCCCUAUUCCUUUACGCAGCCUCAAAGAAUGUCUUAAUGUGGCGUCUUAAUGUGUCGACAUAAAGAUCAUACGUUUCAUCCGCGAAAUUGCAACUAAGUGUGCCUGACAACUUCAUGGUUGGUGUACAUCUCAGCUGAAGGUGACGACACAGGAACAGGCACAAGAUACGCAGCGCACCGCUCACGAUCGUAUUCAGGAGGUAGAACCUAGAAGUAGCUGUCUACCUUCUUAAUACUCAACGCCUUGAUAGCGCCCGUGACAUGUAUAUGCACACGUGUCUUUUUUUUUUCUCUAAAUGGAAUAGUGAAGGAAUAGUGAAGUGGCUGUUUGAUUUUUUUUCCUGCACUCAUUCGCUUAACAGAAAGUGAAAAAGAUGUGUGUCUCACCUGUUGUUUCCACAACCUAGACCUUCAAUUUUUCUCGGGACACUACGGAAGCAGACGCGCUGUAUUCCUCGCUGGCACAUUUAGAACACGUCAGACAUCCACUGUGAAGACAUUUCCGCCGUCUCUGUCACAACAACACGUGGCAAAAGAGGGGUGGGCGUGUCACUGAUACCGUGGCAACGAACUGUUUUCACUGUCAGAGUGGGCGUAAUCAUGGCCAGUCGCGCUGCUUUCUUAAUAGCGAGGUUGCCAGCGAUUGCUCCGUAUAGUGAAUGGCGAUCACGCGACCCACUGACGUCACACCCACGUACGAAGAUUCAGUUAAUCUCUGCUUAUCUUUUUUUUUUCACCAGAUUAACCUGUGUUCUUCGGAAGGACGGCGAGUGUGUCUGUGUGUAUAUAGCUGUCAUGAAAGUGGGAUGCCUUGUAACGUAGAAACCAGGGGCGCACCCGGGACGAUGCUAAUUUUGAAACGUAAUGUCAACAAAAAAUGGGCACAUUAUUUUUGCCAGGGUAUUUGAUGCGCCCCCGGUUGCUACGAAGCUCGUUGGGUGAAGUCUCAUCUCGAAAGAAUAUUUUUACAUGAUUCAGCAAAUACUGUAUUCAUAUUUAAUAAAGCCUUUUAAACAAAAUGUAAUGUCGUCAA